AUGCCUAACGUCAUGGAGAAGAUCACGGACAAGAUCGCCGCCCUGCCGGCCGAUGGCACCUACUUCUCGCUCGAGUUCUUCCCGCCCAAGACGGAAAUGGGCUUCAGCAACCUGAGGGACCGUCUGUACCGUAUGGAACGUGCCCUGCGUCCGCUGUUCGUCAACGUGACAUGGGGCGCCGGCGGGUCGACGGCCGACAAGUCGAUGCAGCUGGCCGAGCUGUGCCAGCAGGAGGUGGGCAUCACGACGUGCCUGCACCUGACGUGCACCAACAUGAGCCUCCGGCUGGUGGACAAGGCGCUCGAGGACGCGAAGGAGGCGGGGAUCCGCAACAUCCUGGCGCUCCGCGGUGACCCGCCCCGCGACGACGAGUACCGCCAGGACGGCGACGACACGGACGACGGCGGCGAGGAGCUCGUCUGGGCUGCCGACCUGGUCAGAUACAUCCGCAGGAAGCACGGCGACCACUUCUGCAUCGGAGUUGCCGCCUAUCCCGAGGGCCACGCCGACGAGACGCAUCCCCUCGGUCAGAGCCUGGAGCACGACCUCCCUUACCUGGUCGACAAGGUCACGGCCGGCGCCGACUUCAUCAUGACCCAGCUCUUCUUCGACAUCGACGCGUACGACAAGUUUGAGCGCACGCUCAGGGACCACCCCAGCGGCGCCUUCGAGACGGUCCCCAUCAUCCCCGGCCUCAUGCCCAUCCAGAGCUUCCAGAUGAUCAAGCGCACCACCAAGCUCAGCCACGCCGCCAUGCCGGAACCGAUCCUCUCCCGUCUUACGGCCGUCAAGGGCGACGACGAGAAGGUGAAGAUGGUAGGCGUCGACAUCCUGAGCGAGAUGGUGGAGAAGAUCAAGGAGAUCAAGAGCACCGGCCCCAAGGGCUUCCACUUCUACACUCUCAACCUCGAAAAGGCCGUCUCGUUCAUCCUCGAGCGCACCGGGCUCAUCCCCGACGUGCCGGCUGGCAGCGAAGAGGCCAUCGCCGACGAUCCUGCCAGCCCCUCGAUCCAGGUCAACGGUCACUCGGGCGAGCUGCGGGUCCGCCGCGGCAGCAGCCGAUCCCGCACAGCGAGGAGGAUGUCGUCGGUGGGGGCCGACCCGCAUAACCGCGUCAUCAUCAACGGCGAUGGGAUCCCGUCGCACCCAGAGUGGGAGGCGAGCGGCAAGGAGGCCGGUGUGCGCGCCGAGGCCGUCAACACACGGGCCAACACGCUGGCCAUCUCGGAGGGAGAAGGCGUGCUGGGCCGCGAGGCGACGUGGGAUGACUUCCCCAACGGUCGAUUCGGUGACUCGCGAUCCCCCGCCUACGGGGAGAUUGACGGUUACGGAGUGAGCCUGCACAUGUCGCCGACCCAGGCCAUCAGGCUGUGGGGCAACCCCAGGACGGCGCAGGAGAUCAACGACCUGUUCGUCAAGCACAUCGGCGGCGAGCUGGCCGCCAUCCCCUGGAGCGAGGAGGAGCUCAUGGCUGAGAGCUCGGCCAUUACGCCGCACCUCCUCAGCCUCAACAGCCGAGGCUGGUGGACGGUAGCAUCGCAGCCGGCCGUCAACGGCGCCCCUUCGUCGGACCCGACUUUCGGCUGGGGACCCCCCAACGGAUUCGUCUUCCAGAAGGCCUUUGUCGAGUUCUUCAUCUCCUCGUCAGACUGGAAGACGGUGCUCCUGCCGCGUCUGCGUGCCGCUGGCAGCGACACGGUCUGCUUCUACGCAUCCAACGCCAAGGGCGAGUUUGUCACGUCCGACAGUGCCAACAGUCGCCGAAACUCGGCAACAAUAGCGACGACGGCGACGACGACGACGACAGAGACAGUCGCGCCGCAGCCGACGUCACCUCCACGCAGCAACGGUAGCACCAACGCCGUCACGUGGGGCGUCUUCCCAGGCAAGGAGAUUACCAUGCCCACCAUCAUCGAAGAGGUCAGCUUCCGCGCCUGGGCUGAGGAAGCCUUUGGUAUCUGGGCGGAGUGGUCCAAGGUGUACGGGAGGGGGUCCGACACGGAGAAGCUCCUGGGAUCCAUCAAGGAUGACUACUGGCUCAUCAACGUCAUCCACCACAACUACGUUGAGCCCGACGCCCUGUGGAAUCUCCUGAUGGGCUCGAGCCUAUCAGAUCCUUCCCCUUCUUCCCUUCCGCAGAAUGUCAACCAAAUUCUAUAG